GCCUGGUCCUGUGUCUUGCUUCAACAGUGUUUGAACGGAACGGAUCCGGCGGCUCUUCUUUUUCCCACCCCAUUCCCACCGCCCAGCAGAACCAGUUCAUCGGGACCAGUUCCACCAAUAGCCCGGCUAUCCCGAGAUUCCCCACCAGACCGCAACUGGGACCAGUUUCCUCUUCUUCCUUGUCGUUCUCUGCGAUCAUGACUUCCCAGAUCCGCCAGAACUUCGCCCCCGAGGCCGAGGCCGGGGUCAACCGCCUGGUCAACCUGCACCUGCGGGCUUCGUAUACCUACCUGAGCUUGGGCUACUACUUCGACCGGGAUGAUGUGGCCCUGGCCGGGGUCUCCCGCUUCUUCCGCGAGCAAGCGGAGGAGAAACGGGAGGGGGCCGAGCGUCUCCUCAAGCUCCAGAACCGCAGGGGCGGCCGGGCUGUGCUGCAGGAUAUCCAGAAACCGGUCCAGGACGAGUGGGGCCGCAGCCUGGAUGCCAUGGAGGCUGCCCUGGCCCUGGAGAAGGGGCUGAACCAAGCUCUACUGGAGCUGCAUGCUGUUGCGACAACUCACGCGGAUCCCCAUCUCUGUGACUUCCUGGAGACCCAUUUCCUGGAGUCAGAGGUCAAGACUCUGAAGAUGCUGGGUGACCACGUGACCAACCUGCGUCGCCUGAAGGCUCCAGAGGAGGGUCUGGGAGAAUACCUGUUCGAGAGACUCACCCUCAAACACGACUGAAGGAGCAGGAGGUGGUUGUACUGCUGUUGCCACUGCCCCCUCAGGCACCUGGUUCCCUUCCCCAGCUGAGAAACAAAGUGCAUUGAAUAAAGCUACUGCCAUCUCUGUG